CAACAGCCAUGGCUGCCUUCCGUAGAUUUAUUUCCACAUCGACUAAUUUCUCAUCUACCUCAGGGAGAUUUGUAUUUUGGAAACAAACACCGAAGAGAACUAAGACAUUUAAACGUAUUGCAACUGGAGUAUGUAUCGCCACCGGAGCUGGUUUCGCGAGUUAUUACAAUGUCCAAAAGAAACUGUCAAACCAAAUCGAUAAUGGUUUACUUCUCGCAUUACCAGCAGUAUCUGCUACAGAUAAGGCCAAGACAUUUGAUCUGGAUGAUGGGGAUGUGUACAUGUCGUCCCAUGAGGCCAGGUUUCGGUUGUUCAGCUCAGUGGAAUAUGAGGGACAGCUAUAUAUGACCCCAUUGAACUUCAUUGAGUCUGUCACCAUGGGUGAGCCUAAGAAAAAGAGGAUUUGGAAGUCUCUAACAAAACAGGAGUUGGAACAGAUGCUGGCAGACACCCCUACUGUUUUUAAAGGAUCAUCCAAUUUAUUCAGGAACCUACGUCACCGAGGCAUCAUCGGUUACACAGAGUAUCUAUUCCUGCUCUGCAUUUUAACAAAACCUCAUGCUGGCUUUAAGAUAGCUUUCAACAUGUUUGAUGCUGAUGGAAACAAAAUGGUGGACAAACGGGAGUUCUUGGUGCUUGAGGAAAUCUUCCGUAAGAAAAAGGAUGGAAAAGAAGCAGAUGAUGAUGAAGAUAGAGCAGCGGUACAUUAAAGACUUAAACUGUUCGGCUAUAAUGACCCACCAUCGCAGGUCCUUAGAAAAGAGGCCCAGCAGUUAGAGCCCCGGGGCAUGUGGGAUGCUCUGAGAAAGGGGGCAAGCCAAGCUCUCUUUUCUGACCUAGAGGUAGCUACACAAAAUAUGGAUGAAAAUAUGACCGACACGACCCUGCUGGUUCAUUUCUUCGGGAAAAAGGGAAAGGCAGAGUUGGGCUUCGAUGAUUUUUACAGAUUCAUGGACAACUUGCAGACAGAGGUGCUUGAGAUUGAGUUCCUGUCCUAUUCCAAAGGCCUGCCUAUCAUCAGUGAGGAGGACUUUGCCCACAUCCUGUUGCGUUUCACCAACGUAGACGACAUUGCAGGUUACCUGGACAAUGUGCGCAAGAGCAUUACAGAUGAGAAGGGAAUCACCUUUGAUGAGUUCAGAUCCUUCUUCCAAUUCAUGAACAACCUGGAGGAUUUCGCUAUAGCCAUGCAAAUGUACAACUUUGCCAACCGUUCCAUUGGCCAAGAUGAGUUGGCCCGGGCAGUCUAUGUGACGACGGGGCUGAAGCUGACUAAACACCUGGUCAACACUGUGUUCCACAUCUUCGACGAGGACCGUGACGGACAGCUCAGUUACAAGGAGUUCAUUGGUGUCAUGAAGGACCGGCUGCACCGCCGCACGGCGUUUAGAGUGGAUGACAAGAAGAAGUUCACUUCUUUCAAGUCCUGUCUGAAGAAGGAGAUCUCGUCAGGCAGAUAGAUCACCAGCUGAAUGUCCUGCACUCUCAGUCUGCACCCCCCUCUACCUGGAUAGACUUCCCCUGAUCCAUGAAGAUCAUUCAAAACAACAGUACAGUUCAUUUUGCUAUCAAUGUGAAGAUGAGAGAAGGAUAGAUGAAUGUGUCAGUCUCUGCAUAGUGGUCUAAAAAGGUGAACUGAACUAGGAUUCUCCCCACCUAGGCCUAGUUGGAUGCUACUCGAGGUGUUUUCAAGUUGAGAUUGAUGUGAGAAAACAAAGGAUUUCUCUGAUGACCCUAAAAGUAAGCCAUUUGAAAUACCUGAAGUCUUAAGCUUGUUGUUCAGCUUUCAGUCUGAAAUCAACAAUAUGUAGUGCUGUGAUGUUAAAUUGCAUUGAUGGUAUUUUAUUUUUCUACCAGAUUGUUUAAAAACAAAUGAAAUCAGGGGAAUGCUAUGGAUCAGGACUGGUUUAACACCUUCCUGGUCUUCUACAAGUCACACGAGCUGAUAGGGUCACUGGAAACUCCAACCUAUUGUUGUAACAGAUUUAUUCACCCAGGGUGAAUAUAUUAUUGAUUAAUCUAUCUAUCUAUGUACAGUAUUUAUUCACCAUUUUACCGUAUUCAUUUGUUAUUCAUUUGUUUGUUUAUCACUGUAAGUCUCUGAAAAGGAAAAACCCAUUUGGUUGUUUUGUGGCUGGCAGGCUGUAGCUCUGACAGUGUGUGUAGUAUUGUUCAGUGUGGUUCCCUCCCAGUCCUAAACCUGCUAAUCUGCCUCUAUGCAUUGCUGACAUACUUUCUCCAAGCCUGUCUGCAGCCCACUGCACAGAUCAGCUUACGCAGGGGAGUACAGCCUCCCUCUUGUGUUCUGUUCACAUGGCUGCCUUCUGCAGCUCAUUCUCAAAUAACUCAGAGCCAGCUAGCUAACACCUUUCAAAUGGGGGUUUUAUCUCUGGGGUUCAUUGUGUAAAUAGAGGCAGCUAACUCCGUUAAUAAUUAUUAUAAUCAAGAGUUUACUCUGAUGUAAUGGAGAAAUUCAGUGUGUAUAUUAACUAUACACACUAUUCAUACUAGGCCUAUUCAGCCUACUGACAGGGAUUCUAUACAAUGAGGACUAUAUUAAUUUGCGGUAAUUGUUUUUACUAAAGGCAAAAUACAAUGUUUAAAUAACAUGAGGUUACUGUUCAGAGGCGUACCUGUGUUUAUUUCCCAAUGGGUUACCCAGGAAAAUCUUGUUCUACUGUGUAACAUCAUGACAUAUAUAUUUUAAAAUGUCAAAUAUAGUGUAUAUGCAUUUCAGUGAUGUUUUCUUGAGACUGUAGUUCUGAUCUGAAGUGGUGGAUUUCCUGCUUGAAUAGAUACUUGGGUCUCUAUUAAAUCCGUAUCACAGAAAUUCAGCAUUAGUGUGGUUGGAAUUUAAGGCAAUGAUCCUGUGUUAGCAGAGACUGCAUUCAUUGUAAACGCUGCAGAUGUCGGCUCAAUAGGAAAUGGCCUUUACGUGUUUAGCAUGCUAUCUGUAAUGCUCCAGCGAUACAGAUUGAACAUAGCCCUUGGUUUGCUAGUUCCAAUGUCUAACAAUAUUAUCUCGUAUGUUACAUAUUAAAUCAAAUAAAUGGUUUUGUCUAAUUAGCCUACUUCUUUGCAUGGUAUAACAGAAUACAUUAGUAAUGUGAAUAUCCUACAUCUCCUCUUAGUUUACCUCUUUUGAAUGAUGUUUGGAAGUCAUGUGGAUGACAGCUCUCUCUACAGAACUUUGUUUAAAUGAUCAAAUGGAUUACACAGGCUGUUGCAGGCUGUUACAUUGACUUGGUAAAUAAAGAUGUUAAGAACAAUCAA